UGAAGAGGAUGCACCAUGUGACAAUAGACAUCAACUUGUUCAAGGCCCCCUACCUCCCAGCAUCAGGCACACGAUGUUCACUGACCUGAAAGCUGGUGUAUCAUACUCCAUAUAUGUGGAAAUACUGGUGGAGGGCCUUCCCCACCCUGUCAGGUGUAAACCAAUCAGAGAGGUCCCUGCACAGGCCCCACCUCCACCUCAUCUUAGACUGUCUGUGAUUGGCCAGAGAGAGAGGCAGAAGAUUGAAAACAUUAUAUUUGAACUAGUUGGUAGGAAAAACAGUCUGCAGAAAUCAGUGCAAUAUCAACAAAGUCUUCAAUGUCACAAGAAAUCAUCCAAGGAGCCAGAGAUGGAGAGACUGGAAUCUUCCAAGAAAGAGUUGGAAAAGAUGAUUUACAGGUGUUUCAAAUCUCUGCCACAAUAUACAGGUGUGUUGAAUUUGACCCUUGAAUGGGAGGUGACAGACACCACAGAUGCAGUCGUGAGAGGGUACAUUGUACAGGUGAAUGGGGAGCAGUACGGAUCUGUUCUACAUGAAGGAGUCACCAAACUUGACAUCCAGCUGGACCUGGAGAGACGUUUCCACAGUGUGCAAUUGUUGACGGUGACUCACUAUCCCGAGGACGCGCAGCAGUCAUCCACGCUGCAAGUCUGCACCGAGGAUUUCCUGCCGUUCGCUGUUUUCUGUUUCCAUCACGUCCACAAGCAACUGGCCAGAUGGCCAGAUAAGGGGUGCUGUUUCUAUGGCAACAGCCUGCCAGAGGAGCAGCAGUCUCCCCCACCUGUCAAUCAGUGGUUGCUAGGGCGAUGCACCCCUCCCCCUGCCUGUACUGUAUAUGACGUAAUGACAGAAGGUUGUGCACCGCUGGUCACCAGGAGACAGAUCCCCAGACCUGAUGUCAUCCUCUUCUGGACAAGCUGGUGUGUUGCAUCCAAGAGAAUCAUGCCCUUCUUUGUCGACUACGCUCGUGAGAACACGCUUCGUUGUGCCUUCACCGCCUGCUGCUGUAGCACGGCAAACGACCGCGAUCACAUGACCAAACUCCAGGACCUGAUCCUGGACCGCUGCUGGAGGAACGACGUGACCAUCAGGCACUGCUGCUGUUGCCAGGCAACCAAGGUCAGGCUGGAGAAGGACACCCCGGUCCAGAGAGGCGCCAUGCUGCAGAGACUGUCCUCCAACGUGCCCCAGCUGUUUGGUGUACCGGGUGUGCCAACCAUUGUUGUCAUCAGUGCUGAUGGAUACCUGGCCUGGAGAGGACAGACCUGUGCAAUAGAUUACCCAUCAUUCAAAGCAGCCAUGGAUGAGGUGGUGGGGAAGGUUCUGUCCCAGCGGCCGACACCGGCCAGCUACAGUUCUGUUGGACACAACCUGAUGUUGGGAAGAACAGGUCGUCCCAGAACCAUGUCUGCUGUGUCCAAGACGUCGUCCUCCCAACACUCUACCAUGUCUGAACCCACCAUGUCCAGACUGCCACACACAGGCAGGGCUGCCAACAUCAACAGGCACAGUGCACCUAUACUCAGACUAAGAGAGAGGAUGAAGAUGCUGAAAUUGAGAGAAUCACAACCAACCGACAGAAAUGACCCAUGGGAUGGGGAGGAACCGUUGUUGAUGAAGCCGGUGGCCCCUAUCAUUGUAGAACCCAGUGGCAUCACCCCUCCCUCAACCAUUAUUGUAACUCCCCCUACACCUGAGAGGAAGAGAGUUGCGGGUUUUCUGUCAAAGAAUUCUCCUGGUCCAACAUUUGUCCUGUGGAGAAGAAGAGAUCCAAAGGCUGCUUCUUAGUAACUAUGAUGGACAAAUAGCACACAAAGAAGGAUGGUCGAAGGAUUGGAAAAAUCAGUAUAAGCAGCACUCGUAUGACUAUCAAAAAAGAAAGUUAUAGUAUGACAUUUAAAAAAAAUAUUAUCACACAAAUGGAUGACGAAAAAAAAAGGUCUUU